AUGGCGGCCUCGUCAUUCGCGGGCCGGCCUGUCCUGCCCCCGGGUGAUGGCGAUGGGUCGAACGACCCCUUCGUCUCUACCGUCGGCCCCAAGCAAAUUCGCUUCUCCAACUUCGACAACCAGCUCUACGCACUGGGCCCUACCACAUCACCAGGCCAGGCAAAACGUGCCUUGGAAGCCCACCUUGCCGAAACCGAACGCCGUAUGGAGGAAGUGGGAAAGCUGGGAACAGCGUUGGUUGACCAACAGAAAACCUUGGCCGAGCGCCUUCGCGAGGUUGAAAAGCUACAGGCCGAAGGCGACCUCAACCCAGAGCUUCGCCUGAAGCUAUCCGAGAUCGAAAAGGAAUACCACGACGUUGCACGCGAGACGGCCAGGGCCUUCCUUCCCAAGCAGCGAGUUCCCAGUAACGAAGCCGCUGGAGGCUCGCCCUACGUGCCUGAAGGUCGAAGUGGAAAACGGUCCGUCAGUCCCUCGAAAUUUGAGAGCCACGCCACCGGCUCUCCGACCAAGCUCAGCGUCCCGAACCGAAAGAUUCGUAAUCAGCCGGCCACCCGGGUCCACGACAUAGAAUUUGCCGCCGAAAUCAGCACCUCUUUGCUCGCCCAAGUUCGCAAUCUGCAGUCUCUACUAGCCGAAAAAGACGAGGAGCUUCGAGAUGUCAAGACCGAGAAGUCAAGACUGGAAAUCGAGGCAGAGGGUUUUCAGCAACGGGUCAAGACCCUGGAUGAGAGCGAGCACCGCUACAAAGACGAGAACUGGAACCUCGAGACCCAGAUCCACGAACUCAUUGCUUCCCAGAAGGAAAGCGCCGACCGCGAGAAGAAGCUAACCCAGAGCCUGAAUAUCCUGCAAGCCCAGAAGAACCAAACCCAGAAAGAGUUGGAUGAGGUCAAGUUGUCUCAUGCCAGGUUGGUGGAGGAACACGAGGCUUCGGUGAAGCAUCACGACAUUGAGCUGGGUACAGCCAAGCGGAAUGCUAUUCUCGCCGAGGCGGAGCGGGCUACCCUCCAACGCAAGAUUGACGACCUCAUGGGGCAGAACCAAGAGCUCGCCAAGGCAAUCUCCGCACAACGUGCGCGAGCGCUCGAACGCGAAUCGAAUAGAGGUACGAGCGACGACGAAUUCGAAACGGCUACCGACAACGCCACUCCCGAACACUCGCCGCCGGCGUCUCCUAUCAAAGGCACGCCCCGACACUCCUUCCUCGAAUCAGAGACCCUCAAGACAUCUCUACUCCACGCCCAGCGCACCAUUCAGACCCAGCGAUCCCAGCUGCACCGCGAAAAGACUGAAAAGUUGGAGCUUAGGCGGCUCCUGCAGGAUAGCCGGGACGAGCUCGAGAAACUGCGCAGUGAUUCAGGUGGCGUCUCGAACCGCCGCGGUCGUAAGAUAGACUCGAAGGAGUUCAAGAAGCCCGCCAAAAACUUGCUCGGAGGAUCACGCUCCGCCAAGAGCGAAGUGUUCGUGGAAGACCCCGACUGGGAGGAACAGCCCGACAGCGCCACCCCAAGGCACUCCCCUACUUAUGCGAUCCCACCUUCCCUCGUAACUGGGCCAGGCGCGUAUCCGAUGACCACUGAUAAUGAGACCAGCGACGCCGCCUUCGAGACGGCCAACGAGCGAGGCACCGAGACGGAGGAUUUCCAAACGGGCGCCGAAGAAUUUUCCGAGGAGGACGAUGACGCGGAGACGGAGACGGAGAGCCCAUCCAAGAACAGGGGAAGGGUUCGGCCCCCAAGCCUCAACCUCAUUGGCAGCAGGAACUCGUUCGAUAGCACGGCUUCGACUUCAGCCGACGAAGAUUUUGACGAAUUCGAGCUCAAGACGCCUAUUGCACACCCGCAACAACGAAUGCGACUCAGAUCGAGCCGAGGCUUCUUGACUCGACGUUCUAGGCAGCCCAGUGAAGAGCCGGCACUUCAGAGCAGCCCCAUGAGCCGCGCGACAAGCAGCACCGCUGGGACUCCUCAACAGCCAGCUCAGAGUCUGUUUGCUGAACUCGCCGAGCUAGAAGGGAGCGACGUUGAGUCUCUUGAUGCGACGCCCAGCCGCAGCGUGCGGUCCAUUACGCCAGCCUCCGUCGCCAGGAGCCGCAUGACCUCCGUGCCCCCUGUUCCUCCUCUGCCCGAGCUUGUCAUGGUGGAUAGCGGCAUCAUGACCGAUCCUGUCAAAAAGAGCCUGGCAUCAUCCGCGUCGGAAGACGGCUCCCAGCCGGAUUCUGCCAAGCCCGUCAUGGUAGACUGCGGUGUCAUGACAGACUCAUCAGAGCUGCCACUGCCUGCCAUUGCUCACCUAUCUGUCCACGGGGAUUCCUUGCCGAAUGAUGCAUCGCAGUCUCGCCCGCAUUCCAUGCUGUCCUACAGUGACGCUGGAGCGCAGUAUGACGCAGACAUGGCCGAAAAGCUUGCCCAGUUCCCUUUGCCUCCGUCCGCGACUGAUAUUGUCGUCGAGGUUCCUCCGCCGACUCUCGUGUUUGCACCGAUCGAGAACCAAGCUGUUGAGCCCGUCGAAGAGCCCCAGGAGGAACCUCUGACCCCACCGGCCCUAACCCUCACCGCCGCCGUCGAAUCGCAGGAUGUCGAGCCUGUGGCGGAGCCCGAAGUGCCACCGCCUCCGGCACCGAUUCUUAGCCUGUCAACCAUCGCAUCGGAGCAUGUGGAGCCGAAAUCUGAACCUGAAGCCGUUCUGGUGUUGGGCUUCUCACCCCUUGUUUCCGAGCCCAUCGAGCCUAAAGCCGAUCCAGAGAUCAUGGCUCCUCCCCCUGUGUUGUCUUUCGCACCGGUCAUCUCCGAAACAACGGAACCGAGAGUGGAGCCAGAACACGCGUCGCAUCCAGCUCCGGAACUGGUGCUCUCCUCCCCGAUAGCAGAGGGCCUAGAGCCACAAGUGGAGCCCGAGGCGCCAUUGCCUCCUCCGGCGGUGCUGACACUGUCUCCUCUAUCUGCCCACGAUCUUGAACCUAGGGCCGAACCAGAGCUCAAGCUUCCUGCGCCGGAGCUGCGCUUCACACCCUUGACGGCUCUGGAGGUUGAGCCUCAAGCGGAGCCAGAGCCUCCUGCGCCAGUCCCUCCCGCUCUCGCCCUUUCGAUCCUACACUCCGAGCAGGUGGAGCCUCGGGCUGACCUCGAGCCUCAACCUGUGUCUUUGACUUUCGCCGGUGUUCAGACAUGGGAUAUCGAGCCACGUCUUGAUCCCGAACCUACUCCUUCUUCUCUGACUUUGUCGCCCGUGAUGUCCGAAGAUUUAGAACCAGUUAGCCCGCCGAUGCCCAGUCUACCAGUCCCACAAUUUACCUUCUCGUCCAUUGAUUCCAUCGAAACGGAGCCUGUUGCGCCACGGAGCCCGAAGCGGGAUGCCUUCAUCAUUCCAAGAAGCCUCGACUCUGCCUUGACCGAGAUGAUUCGACCCAGAACUCCUGAUAACGCCCUGUUAGGUUCAGUGGCACGCCGCGGCAAGGGCAAGGACGACGAUCUUCCGGACGUGCUUAUUGCUGAAGAUGAGACUCGUCAAUCACCUAGCGAUCUCAAGCAGUCUGAAGGCACAGAGUCACAACAACCAUUCAAGGAAAUUUCACCCAAUUCGGCUUCACGAGCUAUGCCAAAGCGAGGUGUUCCGAUGCUUGACCAUUCCGCACAGACAUUGCUCACAGCGCACGCUCUCGAUGAGUUGUUCAAGGCGAAGACCAAGGGGCAUGAAAAGUCGCUCUCCGCUGGAAGUAGCGUGGGAACACCCGGCACAGUUCGGAUUCGCCGGCUCUCCCAGGACCAGGACAGUAUUGGUACCCCUGGGGACGUCUCCACUGAGCCUCAACCCGAUGUCAUCAUGGACCGACGGCGGCGGAGCGCAAGCAGCAGCCGCGGUCCGACUGACCGACUGCCGCCAUUGCCCCAGAAUCAUAAGCAAGUCAUUGCAGCCGCAAGGACUGGGUCUGCGCACAGCAACCACGGCAGCACGACCGUCAUGGGCCCUCCACUGUGGCCUGCGUCGGCCAUGCGAGCCCAACGACCUCGCACUCCCAACAGGCCACAGUCACCACUUUCCAUCAAGGGGACACCGACGCCGCGAGCCAGCAAGCCUAGGGUCGGCAUAUCGGGCCCAGGGACUGUGAUAGUCCAUUCCCCCACCAAAGCCUCGACGCGGAGCCGGCGUUCUUCUGUCUCUUCCUUCGUCUCCGAGCUGGAUUCGCGGUUCAAUAUUCGAGACAAUGGAUUGGGAAUGAAUCCUAAUGGGUUCGGACCCAACACGGACCCACGCAUGAUCCAAGCCAUCACCCAGACCAUGAUUGGGGAGUACCUGUGGAAGUACACGCGCAAAACCGGGCGCGGGCACAUGUCUGAAUACCGACACCGUCGCUACUUUUGGGUUCACCCCUACACCCGGACACUGUACUGGAGCGACCGUGACCCCACUGCGGUCGGUCGGUCCGAGGCCAAGGCGAAGAGCGUACCCAUCGAGGCUGUCCGGGUGGUCACUGACGAUAAUCCAUCACCGCCCGGGCUGCACCGGAAGAGUUUGAUCGUCAUCUCUCCCGGCCGAGUCGUCAAGUUUACAUGUCCCACCGGGCAACGGCACGAGACGUGGUUCAAUGCCCUUUCGUACCUGCUGCUCCGGACCAACGAGGAAGGCCAGAACGAUGCGGAGGAAAUCGCUGGUAAUAUCACACAGGCAGACGUUGACGAGUUCAACCCGCAAGUUGGCGCUGAAGCUUCUGCAUUCACGGCGAGACCAAGGGCCCCGGCUUCGCUCUCAUCCUACAAUUCUCGGACCACCCAGAAUCAGUCGCCGGCCAUAGACAUGUCGAUGAACGUGCCCCGCCUGACGCCGACUCCGAAUAAGAAUGGUCCUAGCCAACGGCCGUCCUUGGGAACGUUGUCUAAACUUAGCGGCUACUGGAAGAGCAACCAAGUCCUCUCGGGCACCUUUUCCAGCCUCCGAAGCCGCAACGCGAGCCAUAACAACCAUGACAUCUAUGAGGCGAGCGAGGUCCAGGACAGUGGCGAAGAUGAACAAGAGAUGGAGCGUCUGAAUCGAGAAGCCGGCCGACUUGAGAAUGUUCGGGCUUGCUGCGACGGCAAGCACGAUGUUUCAACACUUCCUCACCACCCGUCUUAUUCCAAGCGCGGGAGGCCGUCUUAUUCGCAUUCCCAUUCGCAUUCCCAUUCGCAUUCCCAUUCGCAUUCGCAUUCCGGACCUUCGACGUCGACAGCGACUGGGACGCCGACACCGAUGAGCACGAUGCUGUCCCGGGCCUGA